GCAUCGUCAACAUGUUCCCCGGAAUAAAAGUUUCUGUACUGCUGUUGCUCCGGGUUUUUCUUGUGGCGCAUUUAGCAAAAUCUGGAUAUUCGUUAUGUUCAUUGGAUGAGGAAUGCACCAGUCUUGACCAUUGUCCCCAUCUAUGGAAUAUUAUUAAGGAAAAGGGACUUACGAAUUCCGUGCAUCAAAUGCUGAGGCAAAGAAUAUGCAGUCCUAACCCAGACCCACUUAACAUGAUCUCUCGGCAGAGUUACAUCUGCUGCCCGAAGCCAGCUGACCUCCUGCCAAAUAUCAUGAUUUGCGGACAGGGCCCACCUGAUUUCCGAUCUACUGACAGCAAAGAGGCUUUCUUUAACCAGUUUCCCUGGAUGGCUCUGCUCAUAUAUGAGAAUCGCCUGACCUGGAAGCUGUCCCCUAACUCUGUUUGUGAGGGCUCACUGAUCAACAACCGAUACGUUCUGACAGCAGCACAUUGUGUGGUCAGUAAGUGGACGAUUUAUUCGGACAUAGUGCUCAAGAGUGUGCGGUUGGGCGAGCAUGACAUCACCACCAAUCCCGACUGCACUAUACAAAUUAAUGGUAGGAAGACUUGCGCUCCUCCGCAUCUGGAAAUCGACGUGGAAAAUAUUAUUGUGCAUCCAGCAUACGGAAGCACCAGUGAAUUCCAAAACGACAUCGCCUUGCUGCGACUUGAAAUGCCAGUACGCUACACGAAUGAAAUCAACCCUAUAUGUGUUCUGGACGGUAAUCACUACUUAAAAAAUUCAAGACUAGAACUAGCCGGCUGGGGGAAAACGAAAACCAACGUUACCCCUACUGUAUUGAUGAAAAAUAUGGUCAAGAGGUCGAGUACCUGUCCAAAACUGUAUCGAGACUUUGAUUUUUGGACACAAUUUUGUGCUGUGGAUGAAAGAUACCCCUGUGGGCUCACUUCCGGCGGGGUACUAAUGGCCACCAAGGGACGUGGCUUCGAAGAAUUCACAUAUGUAGCCGGCAUUUCCUCUUAUGGACAAAUACAUUGCGGCUAUCCAGAAGUCUUCACAAAAAUUGGACCUUUUGUAGGUUGGAUAAAGAGGCAAUUAAGGCCUUAAACAAAUUUAUAGACUGUAAAAAAUAUUACAAUAAAGUGAAACUUAUAAUGUUAUCGUAAAA